AAUAGGCGACUGCGGAUAUUACGGCAAUCUCUUUUCAACUGAUGAAAUAAACAAACAUUUUAUCUUUUAUUUUGCCAAUUUUGGGAUGUGCUGAAUGCGCGCUCUUCUCGUUACGUAUACGCGCGGCGAGUACCAUUCAAUACAGUCAUUUAUUUCUGAAAAGGUAGCAAUCCUUGCCACGAAUAGUGUCUGAGUACUAGCCAGCUAAGUUGUUUGUUUUACCCCUAGCUAGCGAAAGACGGCUUGAAUAUGGCGUGAAGCGGAGGCUGACUUGAGCUAAUUCCAUAUUGGAUUAGAGGGGUUAACACAGGUAACCAAGUCAGCUCAACACAGGGUCAGGGGUUCCGUUCGGCCGGAACCUCCACGAGCACGUCGUCAUGGCUUGGGCCCUGAAACUGCCGCUGGCGGAUGAGGUGAUCGAGUCAGGUCUGGUACAGGACUUCGACGCGAGUCUCUCUGGCAUCGGUCAGGAAUUGGGAGCGGGGGCAUACAGCAUGAGUGAUGUGCUGGCCCUUCCCAUCUUCAAACAGGAGGAGUCAAACCUUCCGCCGGACACUGACAACAAAAUCCUGCCCUUCCAGUAUGUUUUAUGUGCCGCCACCUCUCCUGCUGUCAAACUCCACGACGAGACUCUCACCUACCUCAACCAAGGACAGUCUUACGAAAUUCGAAUGCUGGACAAUCGGAAAAUGGGGGAACUCCCCGAAAUUACGGGGAAAAUGGUGAAGAGCAUUAUCAGGGUGGUGUUCCACGACCGGCGUCUGCAGUAUACGGAGCACCAGCAGCUGGAAGGCUGGCGUUGGAACCGACCCGGCGACCGCAUCCUCGACCUGGAUAUCCCAAUGUCUGUGGGCAUAGUGGACCCCAGGGCGAACCCCACACAGCUCAACACUGUCGAGUUCCUGUGGGACCCGUCGAAAAGAACGUCAGUCUUCAUUCAGGUUCACUGCAUCAGCACAGAGUUCACCAUGCGCAAGCACGGGGGUGAGAAGGGCGUGCCCUUCCGCAUUCAGAUAGACACCUUCAAAGAGAACGACGGUGGAGACUACACAGAGCAUCUGCACUCUGCCAGCUGCCAAGUCAAAGUCUUCAAGCCCAAAGGGGCAGACAGGAAACAGAAAACGGACAGGGAGAAGAUGGAGAAGAGGGCGCCGCAGGAGAAGGAGAAGUACCAGCCCUCGUACGAGACCACCAUCCUCACAGAGUGCUCUCCGUGGCCGGAGGCAACAUACGUAAACAACUCUCCGUCGCCAGGAUUCAACAGCGCCGCCACCCACAACAGCUUCACAGUAGCCGAAGGGUCACCUGACGCCCCUGUCCGUGAGUGGGGUCACACUGAAUCGUAUUGUCUUCCCGCCCCCAGAAACGGCUCACCAAAUCACCAGCCAGAGCCCGCCGCACAGAUCGCAGACUUGCCAUACCAUCUACUUAGAAGAGACAGUGAGAGCCAGCAGAACCUGUUGCCCACGGCGACGCCACAGGAUGCCCAGCAGUGGCUCCAUCGAAACCGCUUCUCUCCCUACUGUCGUCUCUUCACAAACUUCUCAGGGGCAGACCUUCUGAAACUGACCAGGGAAGACGUCAUCCAAAUCUGCGGCCCUGCCGAUGGCAUUCGACUCUUCAAUGCACUGAAAGGACGGGUGGUACGUCCGAGGCUGACCGUGUACGUGUGCCAGGAGUCCCAGCAGGCCCGGGAACAGCAACAGAAGCACGAGAACGGAGACGGCAGCAGCAGCACCUUCUUUGUGUACCACGCUAUUUACCUGGAGGAGCUGACUGCCAACGAGCUAACAGAGAAGAUAGCGCAGCUCUUCAGCAUCUCCCCAAGGCAGAUCAACCAGAUCUUCAAACAAGGACCCACUGGUAUCCAUGUGCUGGUCAGUGAUGAGAUGAUACAGAAUUUCCAGGACGAGGUGUGUUUUGUUCUGGACACAAUGAAAGCCGAGACAAACGAUGGGUACCACAUCAUCUUAAAGUGAAAAGGCAAACAGUGGGAUAAGUGGGGGAGAUGGGGUGGCCGGCAAACAGGCCAGCCAAUCUCCACACUCCUCCUCCCUCACCUCGUCUUUGUGUAGACUUUGGUCCCACCUUGCAACACACCUGCACACACACACGUGCACGCACACACCCACAAACAUACCCCCCACACAAACACACACAUGGCAAGUCCACCCCAGAACCCUCCUCCUCGCCUGUGUCCAAUGGAUUACGUCGACAGAAGACUCCCAUUGUUUCACCCUGAACGUGCGUGCGUGCGGAGGUGGGGCUCCUCAGUGGAAGGACAUGACCAUGUGGGAAAAAGAGCGAAAGAAAGAAAGAACGAACGAACUGGCAUCAUCUAGCCCUCACUCACCUUACUGUCUUACUGGAACUCAUCUCUUCCUCCUCCACCCCCCUCCUCCUCUUCCUCUUCCUCCACUCCCCCCAGACCCAGGCAGCCACUGUCACUCCAGCCCUCUCUAGUCCUCCUACAUCCCUUUUUUGUUUUGUUUUGUUCUGUUUAUAUUCAUUAUCCUCCUGCUUUUUUUUGCGCUUCUGCUUCUUAAUAGAACAUGAAAGAAUAAGGGGGGGAAAUAGGAGGGGGAAAAAGCAUUUUUUGUAUGCAUGAACAUUUCCCUCAUUGGGUGAGUCUGUGGCGUGCCAAAAUGAGAGGCUACCCAUGUUUCGCGAGAGUUCUCCCUCCCCCUCCCCAACUAGGCUAUUUGUUUGUCCUCUGAUUUGGACGAUAAAUUAACCAAACCGAAAAUCAAAGAAAUAACUGUCAACCUUGUAACCCCUUUUUGUACUGCCUUUUAAAAAUAUUGUUUUAUUUUAUUAUUAUUUUUUUUCACCCCUGGUUCUUGAUAUGCAAAUUUCACAUUCUUUCUGACCACAAUGAUGUCAAUAGCUGGGACAUCUUGAUGUGCAGAACCGGGUAAAGAGAAUUGUGUGGCUACAGGAAAUGUCAUCGUCAGAAGGAUGAUGGCAUACACAAAGGAAGUGAUGUCAUAGUCUGAAGGAUAUAAUGGCAUACAUAACAUAAUGACAUAAAUGUCUGCUCCCCUGUCUUUGUGACACAUCUGUCUGACUAGAGCACACUGUGACGCCAUAAAAAAAAGAAAAUUCCAUGCUGGUCUAUGUGAGUCUGAACUUGGAGUAUUGCAUCCCUAUCAUGGUAGUCCUGUUUUUUUGUACUCUGCCUGGAUUUGAUCGUGUAGAAGUUGUGCCAUGCGCAAGUCUAUUUUCUUCUUAUUCUUCCUCCUCCUCUUUGUCCUUAGAGGGUCUUCUUUUGCUAAGCACCCUGUAGAAGUAUUUUGUGACCACGAGCAAGGCCUGCCCCUGUUACUGCGUUUUAAGUGGAUGUGCUGGUCGUUACUAGGUUAUAAUGAACGGCUCCAGAGGUAAAUAAAGCCUCGGGAUGAGAUGAGAGUGAUUUUAUUCAUUGUUUUAGUGAUGAUCUCCAACCCUCCAGACUCUGCCUGGUCACGCUGCCCCCCAUGCUUCUUAAUUUUGAAGGUUAUGACUGAAGAGUAUAGCCAGCACCUUUCCCCCAGACAAUGUUCCUGCAUUGGCCAUUGGGCUAUAUGAAACAAAUGUCCUCUAAACCUUAUUCCAUGUCAGAACUAAUGCACAAAUUAAGAGGACUGGAUAUUUUAAGUCCAACCCCCCUCAUGAACUUAAGACACAUUAGUCUAUUAUUAAGACUGCAUGUCAUUUUGAAACCCAAGGGAUGAGCUUGUAAACGAUCUCUCUCCACUGUUCCACCGCACAAUUUUCUUUGUACUUUUUUUUUUGUCCCUCUCUUAGCAUUACUCUCUGAGUAGCAGAUAAGGAAGCAGCAAGCUGCAGAAGAAGGGUAUCCUUCUGGAAAGAAAAAAUGAAAAGCAAAUGACAGCUAAAUGUUUCAAUGUGCGUAGGCCUGUGUAUAACCCCCAGUUUCUUUUUAUCUAUUUUUUUUUAACAGAACUGUGUUUACUAUCAGUGUAAUACUUUUUGUUUUUAUCAUUGGAUAUUACCACUUCCAGACACUAAUCCAUCUAGAGGGUUGUUGUUGAUGGUGGUGGUUGAUGUGCAGGUUGAUGCUGCAUGAAGAUUUAAAAAGCUGUAGCGGUGGUUGUCAUUUCUGAUCAGUUGUGCUAGAUGCGUCAUUUAUGUGGAUGCUGAGACGUACAUUGAUGUCCAUCUUUGCCCCUUUCUCUCUGCCCAUGUCAUCACGAUGAUUAAACUACUUAACCAUCAAAAGAUA